AUGAUGACUGCAGUUGAAACAGUUGAUUUGAAAGUUCGUGACAAGAGGGGCAAAAAUGUUUCCGCCCUAAUCAAAAUGUUUGAGCCCAACCACGACGACUUGGCGCCGAAACAUGUUUCUGAAUUAAUCAAAUUGUUUGAAGCCAAGCACUACGACCUGGCGCCAAAACGUAGACAAAAUACCGUAGUCGUCACUCGUCAGCGACGGUGGACCUUACGCACCGAGUGA